AUGACAACAGGUGAUAGUGAUUCCAACACUCAUUGUCCUGUGUCAAUGUCUAAUAUAUCGAGUCGAAUGAUUAAUUUACCUACAUUUGCACUUGUUCAAACAUUUUUCUCAAUGUUAACGAUUGAAUGGACAGUUUUUGAAAUAUUGACAUCUUCGAAUGUUAUGCCUGUUGGUCGACGUGUUAAUGUAUCUCUGUUUAUUAAUAUUAAUGAUUUAAAUUGUAUUAGUUUAUCGGGAUUCUUUACUGAUCAUCGUCCUGUUAAUGUUCAUUUCGCAUUUAAUCUUCUUAAUUAUUCUCAAUAUAUCAAAGUGACGCCAUAG